AUGAAGACUGUUGCAAUUGUUUCUUUUCUAUGUCUGCUUGCUGCAGAAGUACAGGGGCAGAACAGGUAUCCCAAAGGCAGGUGCUUUUGUGCUGACAAAGGAGUGGACAUGGUUUUACAAAAGGUGAUUGAGAAAAUUGAAAUCAUUCCUCCAAGUCCAUUGUGUGGAAACCAGGAGAUUAUUGUCACCCUGAAGAGUGCAAAGCGCAAAUGCUUGAAUGCCGAGUCGAACUUUACCCAAAAUCUCAUCAAAAGAGCACUGCACCGCAUGCCAUGA